AUGACAUACUGUGAUUCCCGGGGUAAUUCACCGCUUCUAGAGCUCAGUAGAUUGCAGCAUCAGUCACCGGCAAGCAAUGCUCAACGUACCACAUCCACUCCCAGGUCCAGCUCAACUACACCAACACUAUCACCCACAGGACUCAGACUUAACGAUGAAGGCCCAGGGCCCACGCUAGUAGGAAGGACGGCAAUGGUCACAGCUAAUCGUAAGGACAGGCCGGACGAUGUUGUGCCUACUCAGUUGGAGACUGGUGGAACAGCCGUCACAACUGUGGAACUACCUGGCGAUCGCAGCACAGUGGGAAUCACCAGCUCACGAGUGCAAGAACCGGGACGUCCACUGGCCGAAGCCUAA